GCAAGCGUGCUUCUCCAAAACCCUACUCCAUAAUCUUCAUUUCGUUUGAUUUCACUGGAAAGAUUUUGGGAGUUUGGAGGGGAAGAGCACCCGAAGGAUCGAUUUAAUUUUUGUUGUACCGAAUCGAUUCGAAUCUUGCGAGAAUAAUGUCCGCGAUCGUGUGCGGGAAGCGAUCGUUUUUCGAGGACAUCGAAUCGGCAGCGUCGGCGUCCCCGCCGGCUUACAAGAAGUUCCGGUGCGCUUCGACAACUUCUCCGGUCCGUUUUGCUUGUUCGCCGCCGGUCCAUCCGAGUCCUGUUGAUCAGCUCAGGGCAUUGUUUCCUGAUAUGGAAAUUAAGCUUCUUGAGAAAGUAUUUGAAGAGUCUGGCAGCGACUUAGAAUCUGCAAUUAAUAACCUUAAUCAAUUACAUCUUGGAGAUUCAAAGUGCGAUACAGGCUUAGCUGUCGAAACAAACGUACACGUGGGAAAAGUUCCUUCGGAAGAGGCGCAAGUCCGCAACAACCUGCCAAUAGGCGGUGCAGAAUGGGUGGAAUAUAUUGUAAACCAAAUAUCUGCUUCCAGCAGCGUGGAUGAUGCUAGAACCCGGACAGCACAAGUGCUAGAAAAUUUGGAGAAGUCCAUCAGUGUUCGUGCUAGCUUUGAGGUCGCGGAAGGAUUUCACAAGGAAAACCAAAUGCUGAAGGAACAAAUCGAUACCCUUCUCCAGGAAAAUGGCAUCCUCAAACGAGCUGUGGCCAUCCAACAUGAGCGCCACAAGGAGUACGACGAGAAGAACCAAGAGGCCCUCCAACUAAAAGAGUUGGCAGCACAGUGUCAGGAGCAACUGCGAACACUCUCAGCUAACAACUAUGCCUUGACGCUCCGUCUGCAACAGGCUCAGCUCAGCAACGCUACUCCCGGACGCUUUAAUCCUGACGUCUUCUAAAUCGACAAUCCAUUUGACUCUGAGCUACAUAUGCUAUAAUUCUUCGUGGCCUAUGUCGAUUUACUUGAAAAAACGGUUUCGAUAGAAUGCGUAUACUUACGCGGAACUACUUAAAGAACUCGCAACCAUUUCGACGGGAUGGUCUAUAGUAAUGAGUAAUGACUAAUGAGUUUGAUUACUGUAUGAUUGAUUAACCUAGGCGUUGCAAGCUGUUCUUGUUCUAUA